AUGGCGGCAUCAAAUGCUCACAUCUUCUUGUUUUUUCUACUUCUUUCUCGCCUCUUCACCUUAAUGCUAGUGCAAGCAAAUCGAGUUCAUUCAUCAAAACCAGUCAUCUCUCCUAGAAAACAAGCAGUGGAGCUUAUACAAGAAGUGGAACCACUCAAAAUAUUCCCAAAAGAUGAGAUUAACAAUAUCGUUGAUGAUCAAGAACCCUUGGUUGUUAAUACUUCGAGACUAGUUGAGAAGCAAUUCAACUUUCCAUUUCUUGGUGUUAGGCCUGCUACUAGAGACCUUGAACAUUAUGCUGGGUACUAUCACCUUCCAGAUGCUACUGGUGCAAGGAUGUUCUACUUCUUUUUCAAGUCUAACGGGAGUGAGAAUGACCCAGUUGUACUGUGGUUGACAGGAGGACCUGGAUGUAGUAGUAGCAUAGCUUUAUUUUAUGAAAAUGGUCCUUUUCAGAUCACAAAAAAUCUCUUUCUCGAAUGGAGUAAUCACGGUUGGAAUCAGGUAUCCAACAUUCUCUUUGUUGACCAGCCUAUUGGAACAGGUUUUAGUUAUACACCCGAUAACAGUAAUAUAAGGCGUAAUUUGAUUGAUGUCACCAAUGAUUUAUAUAAUUUCUUGCAGGAAUUCUUUAAAAAGCAUCAUCAAUUUAAAGAUAACGAAUUCUUCAUAACUGGAGAAUCUCAUGCUGGAUACUAUAUUCCUGCUAUUGCUUCUCGUAUCAACGAAGAAAACAAAGCAAAAGCAAAUUCGAGAAUCUAUAUUAAGUUAAAGGGAUUAGCUAUUGGUAAUGGAUUUACAAAUCCUGAGAUUCAGUUUCGAGCACAGCUAGAUUAUGCUGUGGAGAAAGAAUUAAUCACAGCCAAUUCUUCUAAUUACACCCAUAUAGAUGCAAUUGUUUCCAAAUGUGAAUCAUCUAUAAAAGACUGUGUCAACAACGGUGGAAAAGAUGAUUGUCGCACUGCACUCUCUCAUUGUAAUAGCAUAAUCCCUGAGAUUAGCCGAAUUGCUGACAAUAGAAAUUACUAUGAUAUACGAAAGACAUGCAUUGGUAGUGGUCAAUGCUAUGAGUUCUCAAAGUUGGAGAGGUUUAUGAAUUUGAUAUCAGUGAAGAAAGCUUUAGGUGUGGAAGAACACAUUAAAUUUGCUGCAUGUAAUCCUAUUGUAUAUUCGGCCAUGGAAGCAGAAAUGAUGAAACACAUUGAAGCAAAAAUACCAGGUCUUCUGAAUGAUGGCAUUAGACUCCUUGUCUACGUUGGAGAUCAAGAUCUCGUAUGUAAUUGGCUAGGAACCUCAUUAUGGGUUGAUGCAAUGGAAUGGAAUGGCAAAAUACCUUUUGAAAAAGCUCCAAAAACUUCUUUUAUCGUUGAUGGGUCAAUAGCAGGAGAAUUGAAAGUCACUGAACCCUUGUCUCUUCUUAAGGUUUAUCAGGCAGGUCAUAUGGUUCCAAUGGAUCAACCAAAAGUUGCUCUGGAUAUGAUAGGAAGAUGGAUGCAAAAUACUCUUUCCACACAUCACUAGGAGCUCCAGUUGUCCCUUUUUUCGCAUCACAAUCACAACAAAGAAAAAUCUCUGCAAGAAUAUCAGGGUUUGAUUCCACAUUUACAAGCUUUGACAUAUCUCAGAGAUCAAGUAUGAUUUUUUAUCAAAUUUGAGCCGAUAAUCCACCAUUUUCCUGCUCAGUCCAAACAUUGAGUUUCCCAAAUAAAGUAGAAAGAACAGGUUUAAAUCAUAGCUAAUCCAACUCGAACUUGUUCGGAGAAGUCAGAGACAAAGUCAGGCACACCCUCUAUCAGAAUUUCAAGGCUUCAAA